AAACGUCUGAGCAGCGUCGUGACGGUGGCAUACUGACGACAACGAUGAAGACGACAACGAUGAAGACUGCAAGGAUGAUGGCGCCAAUAGCCAUCGAUGAGACGCUUAUAGUAUCGCGAGUAGCGCAUUGUUACGCAUCGCAUAGUGUCGAGGUAGGUUGGGCUGCACAUCAUCCAAUGUCGAUCAUCGAGGCAAGUUAACAUGCAAGACCAAGAGGAAACGAACGAGGGCGAACGAUUCGAGCAGGUUUAUAAGGUUCUCUGCCAUGAACGAUGCUUAAAGCAUCUGCCAACCGUUGAGUCUUAUCUCCGUGAGAAGCACUUGCGACUCUGCGCCGAUCGUGUACGACUCGAAGAAUGGUCACCUAUAAUAGGUAGCAUCGCGAGGAAUCGAGAUCUCGUGGAAAUUUUGAUCUAUAGCCGGUCACGACGUAGAAAGGUGCGAGAGAAGAUUAAUAAUGAGGAAAAGCUCGAGACUUUGUGGCGAUACAGAGCAAAGGAGCAACAACAGCAACCAAUACUCUAUACGAAUUUCUUGCUACGUUGUUUGCUGAAUUCCAUCAUGAUCUGCACGAGAGAAUCUUCGGCGUUGAAGUCUCUCAUACUCGAUGGCAUUCCGCUUUCACCGAAAUAUUUGCGUAUAUUGUGCGACGGUUUCGUUAACAAUAUUACUUUAGAAAAUCUGUCUUUGCCAAAGUGUAGCAUCGGUGAUACAGGUUGCGACAUGUUGUUGAACGCUUUACAAGACGUUCCAAAUUUGAAGACUUUAAAUCUUUCUGCCUGCUGUUUGACAAGCAGAAGCGUCGGAUCGUUAUCUUUGUAUUUAAAGAAAAGAAAUGCGAAUAUUUCGGAAAAUGUUUGUAAGGACUUGAAUGUCGAAGAACGCAGAAAAAAGAAUUAUGGAUUGCGUACACUUGUACUGAGUAAAAAUAACAAGUUGAACGAUAAUGGAAUACGGCGAUUGAUGAACGUUUUGAAGAACGAUUUUUGGCUGAAAAUAUUAGGAUUGAGGCAUUGUGGCAUCACUAAAAUCGGAGCUGAGAUUAUCUUCGAAGUUCUUCGAACGAAUGGAGUAUUAACGACGAUAGAUCUGAGGGAGAAUGAUAUACCGAGUGAAAUUUUACGAUCGAUCACGAAGAUAUUGAAAGAAAAGAAAGGUGAAAAAGAGGAAUGGAUCUCGACGAGAAAGAAAUCGGAUCGGCGAUACGAGAGAGAUGGAACGUUUCGUGAGAAAAGAUCAAAUCGAACGAAUACUGCCCGCCGAGUAUUCAUCGAUAGAAAAACGACGGAGAAUUUCACCGUAUCUUCUCGCGAGAUGAAAGAUUCCGAUGAAUAUGAAUUCGAGGUCGAACAGGAUCUCUUUGAUUUCGAUAAUUUGGAUAAGUUCGAAGAGUCCAAAUUGAAUUUGCAAGAUUUGCAAUUGCGACUAUCGAAUCUAGUUUCGAGCAACGAGGCUUUGGAGAAAGAGAUAAAGAAAAAAGGAAUAUCAUUGGAGGAGGAGAAAAAUCGACGAAUCGAAGCUGAACAAACUUGCGAGAAGAUAAAAUCGUUGUUGGAGAGGUUUAAAGAUAAACUUAUCGUUCAAUCGUGGACUCGUUCCGAAGAGGACAGUGGAGAUAAUCAACCUUUCGACGGUCUUCAGGGAGUUCUUAGAAUUUUAGAAGGGUUUUCUACCGCCGAUGCUGCCGAUGUAAAUGAAGUUUCCGGCCGAAUGUCCAGCCACGGAGAGAAAACGAGAGAGAUCGUCCGAUGCCGAGAGUCCGUUAGAUAGAGCGAAAAAGCGAGAAUAAGAGAGAGAGAGAGAGAGAGAGAGAGAGAGAGAAAGAAAGCAUCGAUAGACAGAGAGGGAAGGAGAAAGAGGCAAAAUCUGAACUUGGUCGAUAAACGUAAAAAAAAACUGAAGCUUUAACCAUUCGAUAGUAAAAAAGAAAGCAAUUAAUAAUAAUCACCCUUCGCAGCUUUUCUAACGUUUAAAAGCGAGUUUCUUAGUCUUUCGAUAGAUUUAUAAAGAAAUUUGCGAGACGAUUCGCAGAUAAAAAACUUCUCUGCUACGAUUUCUUCGAUCGAGUUCCUUCAAUGAUUUUAUACGACUAUAAAUCUCCUGUCGUUCAAGUAAUAAAAAAAAUCAUUAUUAUACCUAUUCUACUAGUACUAUUUGUAUUCUGUCACAAGUAUUGAUAUUUGUUGAAAAAUUGUAGAAAGUAUUGAAGAGUCCAAGAUAGAGAGAAACAAAGAGUAUACUCGAAACAUCCUUUAACGUGUGUCUAGUCGUUCUCUCGGGCAUGUUCGUGGCCGAGCAAAGGGAGUUUUCCGUGUCGACGGGACACGAUUCACGAAGAAAUCGUAACGUUAUGCCCUGAUAUCGGGAGAAGAGCUUCUCUUGGCAUUUGGCCCGUAGACGAUGAUUGUGACCUGACCUUAGCGUUCGUGAUGGAUGAGAGGACGCAGACUUUGCCGACAGCGGCGCAAUACUGGACGCGAGCUAAGGAAGACGUAGAUGCAACAUGUGCAAUUCGAAAAGUACCUAUGUGUUUUCGUCCUACGAUAUUACUGCAUCAAAGGAACAACUGCAAUGUCAUUCUAAGGAAGAAAGGCGAGAAAUUUUUCAACGACUAUUCUUUUCGAAACUCGAUAGAUAUUAAAGCGUAUCUACGUAAGGGAUGCUUCGUCGCAUUUGUGCUAUGGGGCUCACAUGUCGAAGUUAUGAAAAUUAAUAAGAAAAAUUGCUCAUAAAUUCGGUUGAAAGCCAGCCCUUCUACGAGGGACUGAGGCACGCGCUCGCACUAGUACGAUAGAAGGAGAGAGGGAAGAGGCUGCAUCUUGGCUCGGCAAUAAAAUUAGAAUUAUGUCGCGGCCUCCUCCUUCUCUUCUUCCUCCUCGGCACCUACGAACUACUUUGGAGCGAACGAGGAAGGAUGUGGAGGGGGUAACGGAAGAUCCUGGCGUUUGUUAGCGGCGCCGGAAUGUGUCCUUGGCUUCUUAACGUAUGAGUUACCCACCAAGAUUACAUCCAUGUCUUACACCCGAGAGCUCUUCCUCCCCCAAUGGUUAUUAAAUUCUCCCAGCCCUCUCUACCCUUCUCUCUUUCUCGCUCGAUGCUUCUGGAGUUGACUUAUGGCCGUCAACGAUACGUUGGAAAAUAAAAAAAGCCGGAGAAAACGGGCCGCGUUUUUCAACCGCGGGAAAAGUGAGUAAAGAAAGAACGAAGGGCUUCGUGUGGAUGGCGCGCAAGAAUUUUUAUGAAUACUUUUACCGACGCAGUACGCGAGAGAGAAAGAGAGAGAGAGAGAGAGAGAGAGAGAGAGAGAGAGAAAGGCGGAAGAAAGCGCGUAGCGUUUGCGAGAGAUUGGCUUCAGCUUUCAAAGGGAACGCGAUAAGCUUCGAUCGAGAAGUAAGAUGAUUCAAUCGGGAAUGUCACUAUCUUUUCUUCUCUUUCAUUGAAUUUUUAGUAAAAAACAGAUGUCCAAUUCCAGUCUCGCAUUUUUGAGAGAGAAAAAAAGGGGAGAGAGAGAAAGAGUGAGAGAAAGAAAAAAAAUAAGCGAACGAAUCGUGGCUAACAAGUUGACGAAAAAACAUGGUCCUCCCAGAUUGAUUUCUCUCUCUCUCUCUCUUUCUCUCUCUCUCUCUAUUUCUCUGGAAAAGAGGAAAAAAGAAGUGAGGAACACGGGGCGUUUUCGAUCGAGUGAACGAGCGACGAUAUCGUAUUUGGUUCGUUAAAAUAUAAUAACGAAACGAGACUCCGUCGGAGGUCGAAUCGCUGACGAGCUGCCAGUCGCGGAACAGCAAUUUAACCGUGAAACGAGGAGCGAGUCGUUCGCCGCCGACCGCAAAUAGCCUCUGCCGCGAAUUCACCCGAAUCCGGCCAAACUCCAUUCGCUUCGCGCUCUUAUCUUCUAUCGCGGUAAUCGAAAAUCCACGUCAAUCGACAGGAAUCUGCCGUUUGGUAUGUAACUUCGUCUCUUCGUUCAAACGAGGGCAUACAUAUCUAUAUAUUAACCACGUACCAACUAAGUACGUAGGUGUAUUAUAAAUAUCCGAGCUUUCUAUUCAUAUAUAUAUAUAUAUAUAUUUAUGACUUUCCCUACGUAUUUGCCGAUUUUUAAAAAAGCUCGACCGGCUUGGACGACGACUACGACAACGAGAAUGACUCCAUUGAUGUUUUAUUCGCCUCUUUUCAUCCCGGUUCAUGGUAAUCACCACACAAAGAGAAUUUUUCGUCAAACAUUUCUUUGUCGUGGUAAAUAACGCAAGAGUCGAGUCUUUCCUUUUUACGAGAGUAUUAACGGCACCAAUCAUUUUCUCCUCUCAUUUAGUUGCAAUGAAUUUGGCGCCAUCGUAUCUCGCGUCUUAUUUAUUUCUAUGUUAAUUUUGUAUGUUCUUUCUUUUUUUUUUUUUUAUUUUUUUUUCUUUUCAUUAUUAUUUCGUUGUACGUGAAAAACUUACUGGAAAAUGUUUUUUCUCUUUUACGGGAAAAUUCGUGGCUGAUGCUUUUAUCAUCCAACGAUGAGAAUUCUUUGAGGAAGGAUAUGGUCGUAACGAUUAAAAGGAAGCUGAACCAGCUAGGAUGGAAGUAACAAUUUUCAAGGGGAAGUAGUGUGGACUGGGCGGCAGCAGCGACGUCGACGCCGCUUGGAGUGAAAGCCUUUAAGAAGCUUACCUCGAUGACGGUGUAGACUCUUUGGAAAACGAGAGCAAAACAUUUCGUCAGAAACGAUACGCGCUCGCAAGCAUGGAACUGAGAGACAGAGAGAACGAAAGCGAGGGAAAGAGAGAAAGAGAGAGAGAGAGGAAGAGAGAAAGAGAAAAUAUCUUUCAUCCCCUUUUCCUUGUGUAUUAAUAAUGGAAGCAGAUCCAAAUAUACGUUUCCGCGGAUGGCCUUUCGAGUAAAGCCCAGCGCGAUACUUUCUCAUUUCCGACUUGGAUCAUCCCUUAUCCUGAAUUAUUUCUUCGCGAUGGUAUCCCAUUCUUUAAGGAAGAAGAAGAAGGAUGAGAUGGGGAUAAAUAAAACGUUCCGAAAGGCUCAUCGGAAACCGGUUUCGUCAUCUUUUAUCAUCCUCUCUUCUGUUUUUUAACGAAAUGAAUCGAUCGACGGAUCGAUUAAAGCUUAUAUUUACCAUUUACGUCAUGCAUCAAAAUCUUCGUCUUCAUUGGGUUAUUUCAAAAAGAAAAAAAGAAAAGAGAAAGAAAAUUCAAGAUGGAAUUGUGCAGUCUCGAUAAAAAAUUCGUAAUUACGAAUCGCUUUGAACGUUAUCAAAUGUGAUGUUUGAACGAUAUAAGGUAACGACGAGUGUAAAUUCAUUAUUCGUGAAUGUGGUAGUAAUCUAGAGUAAAUUUUUACAGUCGAUGUAAUAGGUAAGGUCGACGCGUCGACACGUUCUCUUAA